UCUGUCUUGUCAAAGACCGUUGUCUUAUUCGCCACUGGGAUAAGCGCUCGGAUACUCGGGUUCAACUAUUCAUUUUUAUUUUAACGUUUAAGUUUGUAUGUUGUUGUAAAAUUGAUGAAGUCAGGACUUAACGCAUGAAGGGGGUGAUGAUGAAUAUGGAGACUCUGAGCAGGCCGGAGCUCCUGAAGCUCCUCAGCAUCCUGGAGGGAGAACUGGAGGCACAGGACACAGUCAUACACACCCUCAGGGCCCAGCACAGGGACUCGUUCGUCCAGGAGCGCUAUGGCCAGUAUGACCUCAGUGACCCCUUCCUGGCCCUGCAGCGGGAUAGCCAGACCAUGGAUGACUGGUCCCCUUCAGACCCCCAGGGCAGCGUGGUGGGGCCCAACCCUCUGGCUGUGCUGAAGCUGGUCAUGGCCCACUGCAAAAGGAUGCAGGAGAGGAUGAUGGGACAGCUGGCAGCCGCAGAGAGCAGACACAGGAGGGUGAUUGCAGAUCUGGAGGAGGAGAAGCACCGACACGCACUAGAGUCGGCGCAGGAUGAUGAUGUCACCGUCAUGCUGGAGAAGGAGAGGGAGAAACUACUGCACCAGUUGGAGGUGGAGCGUGCAGCAGUGCGUAGGCUGCAGAGGGAGCAGGAGAGGGCAGUAGGCCUGGCAGAGGAAACUCUGUCCCAGCAGCAGCAGUUGUCCUCAGACCUAACCCUGGAGCUCCAGAGAACCACCAGCCAGGCCCUGGAGGAGGCCCAGAGAGUCAGCCAGCUCCGUCUGAAACUCCAGGAGGAGAGCUGUACUUCAGAGAGCCUGAGGGGGGCCCUGGAAGCGGAGAAGGGCAGAGCAGCGCAGCUUGAGGCCAGAGCAGAGAGCCAGCUGGCUGAGUUUGACACAGAGAGGGAACAGUUAAGAGCCAGGAUCAGACGAGAAGAGGAGAGGAGCAAGGGGCUGGAGAGAGAAGUGGAGGAGCUGAGGAGGAGGUUGGAGGCAGCAGGAGAGGAAGGAAUGGUUAGGAAGGCGCAGGAGACUGCGGUGAAGGAGGUGAAGGAGGUGAAACAGUCUCCUUCAAAGAUAGCAUCAGUGGCGGCGUCAGUGGCGGCAUCAGCGGCGGCGGUGUCCACCUCGAGCCAGACAGAGCCUGAUGGGAAGGCAAGCUUUGACCCUAAAGUGACCCCUGUCUCAAAGGUCAACGGGCAUCACCCUAACCCUCCGCGGGACACUGACCCCCCUCAGGAGGGCGGGGCUGUGGAGAACGGUGGGGUAGAGAGCGAGUCCGGAGCAAGUCUUCCCUCCCCUCUCCACCCUCACCCUCCUCACCCCCACUGCCAACCUCACCCUAACCUCUCCCCCUCCAGCACGGCCUCCUCCUCCCUCUCCUCCUCCCCCAUCUCCUCCCCCACGCUGGCUAAGCGUCUGGUCAGCCCCGGUGGCUUCCACACGUCCUCCUACCAGGCUGGAGUCAACCAGCGCUUCCACGCCGCCAGGCAUAAGUUCCAGGUGCAGGCUGAGCAGGAGCAGCUCCAGCAGGGUAGCACGGCUCCCCUCUCCCCCCGGGACCUGUCCCCUACAACCACCCCCAUCCCUCCACCCUCAGAGAACAGCACGGCCAAGCAGCUAGCCCGAAACACCGUCACCCAGGUCCUGUCCCGUUUCACCAGCCAGCAGGCAGGGGCCAAGCUACCCCCACUGAACAGCUCUCCGUUUGGGACUGACUACCGGAGCCUGGCAGCCUCCCCUCCUGGGGGGAAAACCUCGCCUGGAGGACCCCUGUCCCCAGGUAUACGCUCGCCCCUCACCCCUCGGUCCGAGCGGUGCUACCCGCCCCCCGUUCCUAAGAAACCGGGUAUGAGCCCCUCUCCAGGCUCCCCCGACCCCCAAGCCGGGGCCAGCCUCUUCCCAGAGCUGACGGGGGGCUGUGGGCUAAGCAGCAGUGGGCAGGAGGGGACUAAGGAGCCAGACCUGGUACUCUCCUCCGGUAGCUAACAGCUAAGGGCCACGGCAGCUAGAAACUGAUCUAGGAUCAGCAUAGCCUUCCCAAAUCCUUCCCAUCUUUAACCAUUAGGGAGAAAAAACAAAACGGACCUAGGAUCAGUAUCUGUGAUCAGCUUUGUCUUAUUCCCCAAGGAGCCAGUGCUGUCCUCCAUCAGCUAGCAGCUAGCUGCGUAUGGCCUUCCUCAUUCCAGAUACACUAGUUUCUCUCUCCCAUUUGCACUUGCUCACUCACCUUUAGGCCAGAGAUUCAAUCCGAGCGCUCUAGUCAACAAUGCAGCUUUUAAAGGCAAUGUUGCUGGGUUCAAAUAGAUCGCAUUCAAGGUAAACGCUGCUGAUGUUGGCUCAAUCGGAAAUUACCUCAGAGACAGUAAAGAAAGCAAGACAUCUCACAGGAUCCUUUUUUCUGGUCGGGCGGGUGAGGCGAGCGAGCGAGCGAGGGGAUAAGUAGACCAGAGCCAGCUGUUAUUGGUUAGUUUUGCAUUGAAAAAAAAUUGUCAAGGUUUCUGUCUGUGUUCCUCUCUCACGUGACCAUCUUUGAGCAUGCUUUCCCGCGUGAACUUAUGUGAGAAAGCAGGCUCACACAAGAGAGGGAACGCCCACUUAAACAGACAGGAACUUUUUUUUUUAAAUGUCAAUGGUAAACGGCCUUUUUAAGACAUUUUCAUUAUCCACCAUCUUUGAUUACCUUUAAAUGUCAAGCGCUUUAAUGUGGGUCCACCGCGGUCUGGAUUGGAUCCUGGCCUUAAUCUCCUGGAUGUCCUGCAGCAGGCAGAAAAUGCUCUGCAACUGUCUACCUACCACUACUUAUACCAAAUCUGUAGGCCCUAUUUUGACCACAUAUAUUAUCCGCUUAGUAUCAAAUGAAAGCUCAAACACUACCUAGCAAACUGUCUGAAACACUGUCUAGUUAACAUGAAAUCUAUAAUAUACUGGGCGUUAUUGGAUUCGUAAGAUUUAUUUUAUUUGGAAUUUAUGGAUAGUUUUUUAUUCUUUUGAUAUGUAAUAUAUCUUUAUACCUAGUUUAUUGUAUUCCAUAGCCAUGUUUAAAAGUGAUGUUAUUAAUUAUGCAUUUAGUUAUUCUAGGACAUUAAUUAAUGAAUCACUCAGCCCAAGUCCACUUUGCAGUCUCGUCCAAUGAACUAAUACAAAGGCUGCAUGGAGAGGGGAGUCUUUACAUGGCAAGAGGAUUCAAAUGUAAUCUGUUGAUUGCACAUGUACAGUUGAAGUCAGAAGUUUACAUACACCUUAGCCAAAUGCAUUUAAACUCAGUUUUUCACAAUUCCUGACAUUAAUCGUUGUAAAAAUUCCCUGUCUUAGGUCAGUUAGAAUCACCACUUUGUUUUAAGAAUAUGAAAUGUCAGAAUAAUAGUAGAGAGAAUUAUUUAUUUCAGCUUUUAUUUAUUUCAUCACAUUCCCAGUGGGUCAGAAGUUUACAUACACUCAAUUAGUAUUUGGUAGCCUUGCCUUUAAAUUGUUUAACUUGGGGCAAACGCUUCGGGUAGCCUUCCACAAGCUUCCCACAAUAAGUUGGGUGAAUUUUGGCCCAUUCAUCCUGACAGAGCUGGUGUAACUGAGUCAGGUAUGUAGGCCUCUUUGCUCGCAUAUGCUUUUUCAGUUCUGCCCACAAAUGUUCUACAGGAUUGAGGUCAGGGCUUUGUGAUGGCCACUCCAAUACCUUGAUUUUGUUGUCCUUAAGCCAUUUUGCCACAACUUUGAAAGUAUGCUUGGGUUCAUUGUCCAUUUGGAAGACCCAUUUGCGACCAAGCUUUAACUUCCUGAUUGAUGUCUUGAGAUGUUGCUUCAAUAUGUUCACAUAAUUUUCCUUUCUCAUGAUGCCAUCUAUUUUGUGAAGUGCACCAGUCCCUCCUGCAGCAAAGUACCCCCACAACAUGAUGCUGCCACCCCCGUGCUUCACGGUUGGAAUGGUGUUCUUCGGCUUGCAAGCCUCCCCCUUUUUCCUCCAAACAUAACGAUGGUCAUUAUGGCCAAACAGUUCUAUUUUGGUUUCAUCAGACCAGAGGACAUUUCUCCAAAAAGUACGAUCUUUGUCCCGAUUUGCAGUUGCAUACCGUAGUCUGGCUUUUUUAUGGCAGUUUUGGAGCAGUGGCUUCUUCCUUGCUGAGUGGCCUUUCAGGUUAUGUCGAUAUAGGACUCAUUUUACUGUGGAUAUAGAUCCUUUUGUACCGGUUUCCACCAGCAUCUUCACAAGGUCCUUUGCUGUUGUUCUGGAAUUGAUUUGCACUUUUCACACCAAAGUACGUUCAUCUCUAGGAGACAGAACGCGCCUCCUUCCUGAGAGGUAUGACGGCUGCGUGGUCCCAUGGUGUUUAUACUUGCGUACUAUUGUUUGUACAGAUGAACGUGGUACCUUCAGGCGUUUGGAAAUUGCUCCCAAGGAUGAACCAGACUUGUGGAGGUCUACAAUUUUUUUCUGAGGUCUUGGCUGAUUUCUUUUGAUUUUCCCAUGAUGUCAAGCAAGGAGGCACUGAGUUUUAAGGUAGGCCUUGAAGUACAUCCACAGGUACACCUCCAAUUGACUAAAAUGAUGUCAAUUAGCCUAUCAGAAGCUUCUAAAGCCAUGACAUCAUUUUCUGGAAUUUUCCAAGCUGUUUAAAGGCACAGUCAACUUAGUGUCUGUAAACUUCUGACCCACUGGAAUUGUGAUACAGUGAAUUAUAAGUGAAAUAAUCUGUCUGUAAACAAUUGUUGAAAAAAUUACUUGUAUCAUACACAAUGUAGAUGUCAUAACCGACUUGGCAAAACUAUAGUUUGUUAACAAGAAAUUUGUGGAGUGGUUGAAAAACAAGUUUUAAUGACUUCAACUGUAGGUGUAUCAUGACACUACUUUUACAGAUGUAUGCUCCCAUCUGACUUUCCCCUGCCUGGUCUAAUCUGUAGCUUAUCACCAUAUCUAGCAGUACCUGCACUGAAAGUUAUCAUGUCUUUCACUGUAGUUUGUACCAGAUUACAUUCUGAACAUAGUUUACUAAAGCAAUAAGGCCCAAGGGGGUGUGAUAUAUGGCCAAAGCAAUGCGGAGUACCUGGACAGAGACAUUAGCCGUGGUAUAUUGGCCAUAUAUCACAAACCCCUGAGGUGCCUUAUUGCUAUUAUAAAGUGGUUACCAAUGUAAUUAGAGCAGUAAAAAUAAAUGCUUUGCCAUACCCGUGGUAUACAGUCUGAUAUACCACGGCUGUCAGCCAAUCAGCAUUCAGGGCUCGAACCAUCCAGUUUAUAAUAAAGCACAAUGUUGUAAAUAAUACAAAUCAUUCAAAAGCAUAAUUUGAAGCUCUGCAUUACACCCCAUUAUGUCUGGUCUCUGCAGCUCUCCGCAUUACACCACAUUAUGUCUGGUCUCUGCAGCUCUCCGCAUUACACCCCAUUAUGUCUGGUCUCUGCAGCUCUCCGCAUUACACCCCAUUAUGUCUGGUCUCUGCAGCUCUCUGCAUUACAUCCCAUUAUGUCUGGUCUCUGCAGCUCUCUGCAUUACACCACAUUAUGUCUGGUCCCUGCAGCUCUCUGCAUUACACCCCAUUAUGUCUGGUCUCUGCAGCUCUCUGCAUUACACCCCAUUAUGUCUGGUCUCUGCAGCUCUCUGCAUUACACCACAUUAUGUCUGCUCUCUGCAGCUCUCUGCAUUACACCACAUUAUGUCUGGUCUCUGCAGCUCUCUGCAUUACACCACAUUAUGUCUGCUCUCUGCAGCUCUCUGCAUUACACCACAUUAUGCCAGCUCUCUGCAGCUCUCUGCAUUACACCCCAUUAUGUCUGGUCUCUGCAGCUCUCUGCAUUACACCACAUUAUGUCUGCUCUCUGCAGCUCUCUGCAUUACACCACAUUAUGUCUGCUCUCUGCAGCUCUCUGCAUUACACCACAUUAUGUCCGGUCGUAUCUACGUGUUGUCUACUACAUACACUAGAAUAGUGAAUACACUGAAUUUUUAACAAGGGAAAAGCUUCCCUAAGACAUACCUUACACUGGGCCUUCCCUAAGACAGACCUUACACUGGGCCUUCCCUAAGACAGACCUUACACUGGGCCUUCCCUAAGACAUACCUUACACUGGGCCUUCUCUAAGACAGACCUUACACUGGGCCUUCCCUAAGACAUACCUUACACUGGGCCUUCCCUAAGACAGACCUUACACUGGGCCUUCCCUGAGACAGACCUAACACUGGGCCUUCUCUAAGACAGACCUUACACUGGGCCUUCCCUAAGACAGACCUUACACUGGGCCUUCCCUAAGACAGACCUUACACUGGGCCUUCCCUAAGACAGACCUUACACUGGGCCUUCCCUAAGACAGACCUUACACUGGGCCUUCCCUAAGACAUACCUUACACUGGGCCUUCCCUGAGACAGACCUAACACUGGGCCUUCCCUAAGACAGACCUUACACUGGGCCUUCCCUGAGACAGACCUAACACUGGGCCUUCCCUAAGACAGACCUUACACUGGGCCUUCCCUAAGACAGACCUUACACUGGGCCUUCCCUAAGACAUACCUUACACUGGGCCUUCCCUGAGACAGACCUUACACUGGGCCUUCUCUGAGACAGACCUUACACUGGGCCUUCCCUGAGACAGACCUUACACUGGGCCUUCCCUGAGACAGACCUUACACUGGGAUAGAAAAAUAAGGUGACACUUAAAUAUGUACAACUUUUUUUAUUCCGGGACAAUUUCUUCUUGUUUUUUCCAAAAGGGACCAAAUUCAGAAUAAGCGUCUUUCUUGUAUGUUAAUAUUGUUUACCUGGAUUUGAGUUUGAACCGUCUAUCCUUGUGUUUAAAGCAGAUAGUGACAGACUGGUUUUAUACCUUUGAAGUCCUCCCAGACCUUUUGGCGAACUCACACAUUUUAUAUAUAAAAGGGACUAGCGAGGGGUCAGAUCUGUACCACUGUAUCAUUCUUUUGUAACUGAGUAGAUCUAACCCGUCGUCUAUUUUUACACCUUUGUCAAAAUGGGAACAAGUGGGAAGUCAUUAAUGACAUGACUGUACUGUGUUUCAUAACCUGAAUCUAACAACAUUUUGUCACUGUUGUUGGUCUCAUAUUUGUGGUAUUUAAGAAGGUUUUAUAAGAUGAUAUUAACAAAGCAGGGCACAAUGAUAAGAAAGCUUUUAUUUGUUCAAAAUAAUCUCCUGCUGUCUUCCAGAAGUUACCUAACCCAAACUAUUUCUCAACAUUUCUGUCUUCUAAUUAUUCUAAAUGUACGUAAGCAUUUUUCUUAUGUAUUGUUUCACAACUGAACUAUUCAUAUAAUGAUUUUUCAAUUGCAAAAUAAACAUCCCAACCAAGCA